AUGUCUCGUCCAGAAGAUUUGGCUCCGCCAGAAGUAUUCUAUAAUGAUUCUGAAUCGCAGAAAUACACCUCAUCGACCAGAGUACAGCACAUUCAAGCUAAAAUGUCGUUGCGAGCUUUGGAACUUCUAAACCUAUCGGAAACAUCAUUUGUACUGGAUAUUGGAUGUGGAUCUGGCUUGAGUGGGGAAAUCUUGACCGAAGAAGGCCACAUUUGGUGUGGUGUAGAUAUUUCUCCCUCUAUGUUGGCUACAGGCCUGACCAGAGAGCUUGACGGUGAUUUGAUGCUGCACGACAUGGGACAAGGCCUGCCGUUCAGGGCAGGUACUUUCGAUGCAGCCAUCAGUAUCAGUGCUAUACAAUGGUUGUGCAAUGCAGAUACAUCCUACAAUGACCCCAAAAGACGUUUGAUGCGAUUUUUCAACACCUUGUUUGCGUCGUUGAAAAAAGGUGGCAAGUUCGUGGCACAGUUCUACCCGAAGAACGAUGACCAGGCUCAGCAGAUCUUAGGGGCUGCCAAGGUGGCUGGAUUCAGUGGUGGUCUGGUCGUGGAUGAUCCAGAAUCCAAGAAAAACAAGAAAUUCUACCUGGUAUUGAGUUCGGGCACAUCUGUGGAAGACGAGCGCGUCAACUUGCAAGGUGUCACCAUGAGUGCGGAAGAAAUGGUGAAAGUGCGUCGUGACAAGAAAAACGUUAAAGAGUCUAACAAGACAUAUCUCCAGCGCAAAAAGGAACUCAUGCGUAAGCGUGGUCGUACAGUGGCCAAAGACUCCAAAUUCACGGGUAGGAAACGUAGAAGCCGGUUUUAG